CAGGUAAAGAGUUUAGAAAGCAUGCCUCCGAAAGCAGGUGCCAAGAAGGCGAAGAAAGUUGGCGGAAAGAGAGCUUCAGGCGACAGGAAGAAGAGAACCAAAAAGCGAAGAGAAAGCUACUCCAUCUACAUCUACAAAGUGCUUAAACAAGUUCACCCCGACACUGGAAUCUCGAGCAAGGCAAUGGGCAUCAUGAAUUCCUUCGUCCACGAUGUCUUCGAGCGUAUUGCUGGCGAGUCUUCUCGUCUUGCCCACUAUAACAAGAAAAGCACCAUCGGUUCCCGUGAGAUCCAGACGGCAGUCCGGUUGCUCUUGCCUGGUGAGCUGGCCAAGCACGCAGUGAGCGAGGGUACAAAAGCAGUAACCAAGUAUUCCAGCAGCAAGUAGACGGUGAAGCGAAAACAAAAACGGCUCUUUUAAGAGCCACCAAAUAUCAAUAAAGAUCAUGGUCAACGAAUUCAAUCUGCCGGUUAAUUUUACACUGUAAGGGGAAAUACUUUUUGUUUAAGACAGCCCGUACAAAAACCGUUUGUGAAGCUUUCUCUUAAAUUUUCCUUAGCAAAGUAUUUCGGUACCUUAGAAAACUGUUGUUCAUAAACCGAAUCAAAGAAUAUCGUUUCUGUCCGUUGAAAAGUAUCGCAUUUAUACCCAUAAUAAUUUAAGGCUAUGAUAACUUCUGUCCACCCGCUCCCACGAUCGUUUAAAAUUUCCCAUUUUCUCCCUUGCUCUUUUAUUAAUCUUAUUAAUAAAUGUCUGUUCCCUAAAACUUUCCGGCGUUCAUAGUAGACAAGCAGUAGUGUUUUCCCCCGCUAGGUGCUAAGUUGCCGACAUGACGGCAAACCUCACAAACGCAUAUUUUGGCCGGCUGCAUGACAAAGAUGACCAAUUUUCGGUCCAGUGCGGGUUCUCUCUCAAUCACGCAACUCUCUCGGUAGUGUUUCGUGGAAAAGAGGGCCGUAAGUGAACUGGCGAGAGUUACAUAACGUGCAACGAAGAAAACACGGAAAGGAUAGAAUUAUUUUGAGGAUUCUCUUGGUAACAUAACGUGUACGUUAUUACAUUUCCACACCUUGUAUUUCACAAUUAAUAAUAUGACAUUCUUCUUUGUUACAAAACUAUACAUCAGUUGCCUGUCCUGUGAAACUAAAUAUGACUUAAAAAAAUGCUAUGUCAACAACUUCAUAAAUAGGCUAUGACCCAUUACUAGUAUAAAGAAAAAACUGAAGGGCUAUCCAAAGAGAAUAGACCAUUUUACAGUUGUCUGCUCAGUGACCUGGCCUUUGUAUGGCAGCGAGGCUAGAGUUGACCUUGUUUUGAUACAGACCUCAC